UCGGACCGCCAAUCAGGGCUCCCGACGGAGAACAGCCAUUGGUUCCUGAUAUUUCUCCGGUGCACCUCAACGCAGACGAUUACCGCCCCUCCGCCAACAUAUCUGAGGGGCAGCGAUUACGACGCCGAAGCCAAAGCCAUUGUCGGAGUUUGACCAAGUUCUCCGAAAGUCAAACUCACCCCCCAAUUCCCAAAAUGCCCCCGUCCUCCUCGUCUUCCUCCGCCGCCGCCGGCGCCGCCGCUGCGACGUACACCACGAUUCCGAUCACCGGAAUGGACGCCAUCUCCAGAUCCGGUCAGAACCUCUCCGCCUGCCUGUCCCGCUGCCGCCCCUGGCCGGAAUUCCUCGCCACCACCGCCGCCCUCGAUUUCCCCAAAUCCGUCGCGGAGGCAUCCCUCCGAUUCCGGCGGAACGCCGGCUACUUCUCGGUGAAUUACUCGAUAAUCAUCACGGCGUGCGCGGCGGCGGCCCUCCUGAGCUCGCCGGCGGCGCUGGUCCUGAUCGGGCUGGUGUUCUUCCUCUGGCUGAUCUUCUAUUUUUUCCGGGAAGAUCCGCUCCUGAUCUGGGGCCGCCACGUCAGCGAUUGGGCGGUGAUCGGCGGCCUAGUUGCGGUCACCGCCGGCGCCCUCUGGAUCACCGGCCCAUUGAACAGCCUCUCCGCUGGCGUGGCCGCCGGGUUUCUGAUCUCCGUCCUCCACGCCGUCUUGAGAAAUCCCGACGGCCUUUUCCUCGACGAGAACGACGCCGUUUCCAAUGGCUUGAUUGUGACCGCUCCGCCCUCUCGCGGCGGCGCACCGCCCUUCAAUCCGCCGUUGUAACCAGCACAUGAUGAAUCAUCAUCUCUUCAUUUCAUUUUUUCGAAUUUGAAUUUGAAUUUGCAUUUGAACUUUGAACUUUGUCUCAUUGGGCCAUGAAUUGAAUUCUUGCAGCUAGCAAUUGUAUGGUUGUGAUUUCGUUACGAACAAUAUUAGUUAGUCAUGUCCGAUUUUGAAUUCUUGAUGAUGGAUCUGAUCAAUUCUGAUGAGUGCUUUUUCUCUUUUCUUUUUCUUUUUUUUUUGGGUCUGCAAAUUCUGAGACCUGACAGCAAACGACCAUAUC